AUGUCGCCUCAAGUCGAAUUCAAGGGCUACGCACUGAUUGACCCAUCCAAGUGGUCUGACCUGAAGCUCGUUACCUUUCAACCGAAGAACUUCCAGCCCGAAGACGUCGAGAUUGCCAUCACCCACUGUGGGGUUUGCGGCUCUGAUCUCCACACCCUCUCCCAGGGUUGGGGUGAACCAAAGCUUCCGAUCGUUGUAGGCCAUGAGAUCAUUGGCAAAGUCACCCGCGUUGGCGAUAAAGUCUCUGGUUUCAAACCUGGCGACAGAGCCGGCGUCGGUGCCCAAAUCGGCAGCUGUAUGAAAUGCAGGGCCUGCAAAUCGGACUACGAAAAUUACUGCCCUAGCGAAAUAGAAACAUAUAAUGGUGAAUAUCCCGAUGGUAUCAUCACCCAAGGCGGCUACUCCACUGCCAUUCGUGCCCACGAACGUUUCGUCUUCCCCAUUCCUGACGAGAUUGAGUCGGCCCACGCGGCGUCCAUGCUUUGCGCUGGUCUGACAGUUUUCUCGCCUCUCAAGACGUACGGCGCCGGCCCUGGAAAGAAAGUUGGCAUCGUCGGCGUCGGCGGACUUGGCCACUAUGCCGUGCUUUUCGCGAAGGCCAUGGGCGCUGAAGUUUACGCGUUCACUCAUGACACUAGCAAGAUCGAGGAUAUCAGGGAAAUGGGUGCUCAUCAUGUUAUCGACGUUAAUAUCAAAGAUUUCGCUAAGCCGUUUUCUCAUACACUUGAUAUCAUCCUCGCGACAAGAGACAGCUAUGAGCCUGACACACCGCUCAGUGAUUACCUGUCCAUGCUCUGGGUACAUGGAAAGUUUAUCACGGUUGGCAUUCCCAACGUCAACAACCCUCUACCUCAGUUACAUCCCUUCGCCUUCGCCGGAAAUGGAUGCCUUGUUGGUGGUAGCCACGUUGGAAGCAAGAAGGAAUGUCUGGAGAUGUUGGAGCUUGCGCGAUCAAAGAAUGUGCGCCCGUGGAUCGAGACGCUCCCCAUGAAGCAGGCGAAGCAUGCGCUGGAAAACUUGAAUGCGAAUCGUGUGCGCUACCGGUAUGUCUUAACACAAGAUAUUAACUAG